AUGAGCGGCCGCGCGUUCACCACUCACAAUAAAAGGCAAGCGAACGAUCGACUAAGGACGAAGGAGUCACACCUUGGACGACGACGUCGAGGAAUCGAUGCCGACGGUGGCGAACCGAAGACGAGUGACGCUCGUCGAUUCAGAAGAUACGUGCCAACUGACUCACGCACACUGCUUAUGGAUGCGACAAUUUUGCGGGACGAGAAAAGGACUGCUUAG